CAAAAAAACAUCUCUCUCUCUCUCUUUCACUUCACGUCUGCGAGUGUUCGUCGUCUCCUUCCGGAUCUCAAUCGGCGUUUCACCGAUCUCGCCAUUCAUUCUCCGUCGAUCUACUCACCGUUAAGAUUCUGGAGAUGUCGAUUUGAGAGAAAAGACUGUCUCAAAGGUUAGAUUUACAACACAUUCUCCGCCAGAAAUUUGUUUUGUGGAGGAAAAGGAUCAUGGCUGCUGUCGAUGUUCAUCGUUUCGCUGAGUCAAUCACUUGCCAUGCUUGGAGUCCUGAUUACUCCAUGGUUGCUCUCUGUCCUAACAAUACUGAAGUUCAUAUCUAUAAAUCGUUAUCUCAAGACCAGUGGGAGAGGUUACAUGUCCUCCAAAAGCAUGACCAAAUUGUUUCUGGAAUAGAUUGGAGCUCAAAGUCCAACAAAAUCGUCACUGUUUCUCAUGACAGAAACUCUUAUGUGUGGAGCCUUGAAGGAGGUGAAUGGGUACCAACACUUGUUAUUCUUAGACUAAAUCGUGCUGCACUUUGUGUCCAAUGGAGUCCAAAAGAGAACAAGUUUGCUGUUGGAAGUGGUGCUAAAACAGUUUGUAUUUGCUAUUAUGAGCAAGAGAAUAACUGGUGGGUCAGUAAACUUAUUCGAAAAAGGCACGAAUCUUCAGUCACAUCUGUUGCUUGGCAUCCUAAUAAUGUUCUUCUGGCAACGACAUCUACGGAUGGAAAAUGUCGGGUAUUUUCAACAUUCAUCAAAGGAGUUGAUACAAAGGAUUCAAAAGCAGGCUCACCGGCAGAAGCUAAAUUUGGGGAGCAAAUUCUACAGCUUGAUCUCUCUUAUUCCUGGGCGUUUGGUGUGAAAUGGUCUCCUAGUGGAAACACCUUGGCUUAUGUAGGUCAUAGCUCCAUGAUAUACUUUGUUGAUGAUGUUGGUCCUUCUCCUUUAGCUCAAAGCGUUGCAUUCCGAGAUUUGCCUCUUCGUGAUGUUCUCUUUAUUUCUGAGAAAAUGGUGAUAGGCGUUGGAUAUGACAGCAAUCCAAUGGUAUUUGCCGCAGAUGAUACCGGAAUAUGGAGCUUUAUUAGGUACAUCGGAGAGAAGAAAGCAGCAUCUUCGAAUUCCAGUUACAGUUCGCAGUUUUCUGAAGCAUUUGGGAAAUUCUAUGGUAGUCAAUCAAAGUCUGCAACAGCCAACGAUGCAUCUGAAUCACGUGGACGCGUUCAUGAUAACUGCAUAAAUUCCAUUGUGCCUCUGAGCAAAGCAGGGGGUCCCAAAGUAAUGCGAUUCAGCACUUCAGGAUUGGAUGGCAAAAUAGCCAUAUGGGAUUUGGAGAACAUGGAACAAGAACUUGGUAAUCAGUUUUAAUAAACACAAAUAAAACAAAUCUGGAUCAUAAGCAAGGCUUUACGUAAUUUGUAUAUCAGAUUUUUUUUGGACAAAAUGCUAGCCAUUUUAACCUUUUCCAGUUUCAUAAUUGUUUCACUUUGUAAGGGUAAAGAAGGGCAUGUCUUAGUAAGUUUUGAGCUAUGUUCUUCACCUUUGGAUCUUUGUAACAUGUUGAUUGCUAUAUGAUUUGAUUCGUUAUAUA